GCUUCGAUUGGUUUAUAUAUCUGGAUUUAACCUUGAAUAUGUUUGUCUCACUAAAGUGUAUGAAACAUGCUUUGCCGUCUAGUUCACAUAAUAGUAACAUAGUCACGUCUGAGAUCAGAUGUUCAUUGUAUACAGGAAUAUAUGAUGACCACUCCACCGUAUGUUCGUCAAGCUCAUUUAUCUUGGUUACCCGGUGCUUAUGGUACACCUCCACCGGCAAAUGCAGUUCAAGCAGCCGCUGGUAUUUGUAUUAUUCGUGGUAGAAAAAAUGAAGAUUUAAUACCGGGUAAAAUGCCUAUCGGAAUUGGUGCAGGUUUUAUACCUUAUAAAGGUGAAGAGUUUGGACUUCGUGAAUUCGAGAUAUUGUGUAAUACAAAUGUUUAUGCAAAUCAAGCUUUGUAUAAUUGGGUUCCUGCACGUGAUGGUCAAGUACCUGCUGGUGCAUUUCUCGCUGGAAUAACAGGUAGUGGUGAACCAUUGUAUAUAGCUCGUGCUACAGUAAAUGAUGAAGUGUGUGUCGGCAAAGUGAAUCGUUUGUAUAAGUGUGCACUACUUCCAUGGGGUAAUAAAGAAUAUAAAUUAAGAGAAUAUGAUGUUCUUUGUUGUUUAGAAUAGAAAUUGUUGUUUGUUUCUUUAUAUAUUUUUAAAAAGUGAGAAUAAGAUCUUUGAUCUGUUUUGAGCUGCUUAAAACAUAUUU